GAAGCCUAACAUUUGACCUGUACAUGACAUUAUGCGAAGCAGCGCAGAAGCUUGGAAACGAAUAAACAACACUGCAUUGCACUGUGCGGGACGGACCGGACCGCAGUAUCACAACACAACAGGGUGCCAAUAUUUAAGCAGAUAUUCGUUCUCGGAAAAUUUCCUCAAGGAAAGAAGAUGUUUGUCUAGUUUGUUGAGUGAGCAAGCAGCGACAUCAUUGGUAACCAUGUCGGAGUUAACGGAUCUAGACUCUGUCUACAUCACCACGGUGCUGGAGGAUACCGUGGACCAGCUAGCCAUCCUGGGCAAGAUUAUGCCCCAGACUUUUGAGGGGAGACCGGAUGCAAAUGAGAUGGUGGGAGAUGAGAUCGGUAAGAUCAUAGACAGCCAGAAGCAACUGGAGUCCAAGUAUGAGGGGCUGAUCUCCAAGAGGGCGGAGCUCCGCGCGGGGGGCAGGAAGGGGGAUGCCAACCACCUGAGGGCGACAGAGGAAGAGAUAAGCAGCGUGGUGGGCGGGAUACGCCACGCCACGCAGACGUUCAGUAAGAGUCUCAAGCAGAGCCCGCUGACCUCAGACAACUUGGGCAAGAUGCAGGGCGAUAGGCAAUUUCUCCAAGACGUCUUGUCUGAGGCCAUGGACGAGAUCACCUUAGAGAAGACAUUUAUGAGUCUCAUCCAGUCGGUCACGGCAGAGCGCGAUAAAAAGGCCGAACUGCAAAACACCAUCCUCAAGGAGGAGGAAGGGCGCAAGCGCAUCCGCAGCCUCCAACGCCAGAUUCAGAACGUCAAGGUAGAGCUUGAAGAAGAGAUCCAGCAACGCAACGAGAUGAUCGCCCAUCUGAAGGACCAGCUGCAGGAGAUGAAAGCCAAGACUAGCAUGGAAGGGAAGUACGUCCAGAAGGAUGCAGAGGUGGCCGUCAACCAGGUCCAGAAGAGGUGCAUGCUGAGCGAGAAGCAGCUCAAGGAUGAGAUUGAGCUGAUUAAGAAGAAGAUUGAUGAAGAGAUUCGUGUCAACCAGGAGAUUGAGCAGUACCUCAAGGCACAUCAGUCGGAGUUGGAAGAGAAGGUUGAUUACUGGAUGGAGAAGUACGACAAGGACGUGGAUCAGAAAACACAUCAACUGGAAGUAUUGAAGGCGUCCAAAGCAAGCGACCUGGCCAGACUGCAAGAACUGACUAAACUGUAUGCCGAGUAUGAGCAAGUGGUUGUGGAAGACAGAAUUGACAAGGAGAAGAUUCGAAGAUUACAGGAACAAGAACUUGAAGAACUCAAGUCAACAGUCAAGUUACAAUCUUGGUGGCGUGGCAUCAUGGUCCGCAGGCAACUUGGCCCCUACAGCAAGAAGAAGAAGAAGAAGGGAAAGAAAGGAAAGAAGGGAUCCGGCAAAAAGAAAGGAAAGAAAAAGAAGUAGAGCCAGUCUGUUCUGCGGUAAAAGUUUGCUCUGUAAAUAGAACAAUUUGGAUUGGUUUGUCUUGGCAAGGGGAGAGGUUUACUGUUAAAAGAAUGCUAUGUAUAGAGUUCCCGAGAAAAUUAUGCGGCAUGGCGCAUUGACCUUAAGUUUUGGGGACAUUUGGAAUCAACUUGGAAUGUAGAUGUGAACAAACUUCCAAAAGAAUUUUUUCCAAACUCUUGUUUUUGAUAUUAAUUCCAAAUCUUAAAUAUUUAAGCCGUCCAGUGUUUUUGCAAGAUGAUUCUUUUAAGUCUUCUGUGUGAAAACAUGAACCCAUGUGCCUUGAAUUUUGUAAAAUCAAAUUGUUCCGAAAAUUGAUUUUUAAUAUUUUUUUUAUAAUGAUUUUUAUAAUAAAAUUAUUAUGACUUUGAUUUUUUUUAUACCAACUGACAUAAAUUGAAAUUAAUUUUGAUAAUCACACAGUAUCUUUAUCCGUCCAUAAGGUGUUUUAUUUUUACAGCUGUACAUCCAACUACAAAUGUACUAAAAUUGUAAUGAAAUUAAAUCUUUUGUUAAAUUCAAUUUCUCACACAUCUUAUUAUACAUCUUAUUAUUCACUAGAUGAUGGUAAAAUAAAGGGGUUCCCUAGCUUUGGCCCAUGUUUAAAAACA